AGUCCUCUUCUCCGGUCAUCUCCUUUCUUCACGGCUGAUCACAAUCUAAAAAGGUGUCUUUCUGGAUUAGGGAAUCCAUGCACUGCAGUUGCCCGCGGUUUCUCAUCACCAAACAUAUUUGCAGUUAUGGAUCCACCAACAUUCUUCACGAUCUGGAUGACCGCGGCAAAUCAGCACUGUGCGUGUAUUCCACCCGCAAUUGUGCAAGCAUAUGAACUCAAGGACGGUCAAAAAACAGGAUGGGCCCAGUUUAUAGAAGCAACUGGUCUGCAGGUUCAAGAGCCCGCCGUUUUCAGGGUUUUAUCAACCUCGAAGAUGCAUUUCAUCAUAUUUGCAAAGGACGGUUAUCUUAGAUGCCCAGUUCCAGACAAACCCAGAGACUCUGAACCGACCAGACAAUCGUUUCGCACAUCAAGCCCACAAGGGAAAGCCACUACAAUUACUUCGCCUAUCCAAUGCUGCAUCAAAGGGAAGCUAAAACAUGAUGGCACAUCCACUUCUGCAAGUACACAUGGCAACAACAGGCGCACUAUCAGCGAAAUGUGUUUCUGCACCAAGGACAUCAGGUUAUCAGCUGAAGUCAAGAACUACAUCAAAGAUAUUGCGCCAUUCCUCCAGCCCUCAGACAAAUUUUAUGUGACUGCCAUAAAUGCAACAUUCAUGAAGGAAGGGAGAGUGUACUUAGUAAAGGAAUUUUCAAAGAAGUACAUUGCACCGCUUGCACGAUGAAAAGACAGCACAAAUCAAGAUUGGAACAAUUUGCAUAUUCCACUUUUACAAGACAGAUCGCCUGGAAGCAACGGCAGAUGUCUUGUGAAGGCAAUAUGCAUCGGCUACAACCUGUCAUCCUCCUGUUAUCGCCAAGUGACUCUGCCAGGGCUUUCUAAAUAUCUCCAGCCUGUUUCUAUGUUUAUUAUUAGCGCCCUUUAUAGCCUUUCUAUAGACAUCUAAUUACCUUGUAAAUAUUGCACCCAAGCUAGCAUGUGUGCCUCUCACUAGACACCAGGGUCGAACAACAUCUCCAGUGCUGUAAUCAGUUAUUUUGGUCGUAGCUAUAUGCAAUGGACAGCCUAUGUGUAUCUGUUCCAUACCCUUUAAUGCCCCGUCGGUCCUUCGUAUUAUACCA